AUGAACCUACCUAGUAUUAUAAUAUUAUUACUAGGAUUAGGUAUUCAACAAAAUUUAUCAUAUGGAGGAUGCCCUCCAAAAUGUAAAUGUCAAACAGAUAUUGUAUCAUGUAUUGGAGCUGGUUUAACAGAAAUUCCAAAAAAUCUUUCUCAAAAAAUUAUUCGAUUAGAUUUACAAGAAAAUAAAAUAACAAAAUUAAAUAAAAAUGAUUUUGUUGGAUUGCCUAAUUUACGUGUUUUGCAUUUGAUGGAUAAUGAAAUACAAUUAAUUGAACCUCAUUCAUUUGAUAAUUUGACAAAGUUAGAAAGAUUUCGAAUUAAUAGAAAUCGUCUUCGUUCAAUUCCUGAUUUUUUGUUUAAAUAUAAUCACAAACUACAAAGAUUAGAUCUUAGUGAGAAUGCUCUUACAAUUAUUACAGAUGAUCAAUUGAAUGGACCUUUAUCUAUGCGUAAUUUGCAAUUGGAUCGUAAUCAAUUGACAUGUUUGGACAGCCGUGAAAUUUCUAAUUGGAAAAGUCUGGAAGUAUUAGAAUUAAAUGGAAAUAGUUUAAAUACUCUUGGUGAAUUAGAUUACAUAACUAAUUUAAGAACAUUAAGAUUGGCUGAUAAUCCAUGGCAUUGUGAUUGUCGAUUAAAAUGGAUGAAACGUUCAUUAACUCCAUUUCAAUUAGGGAAUGCUAAAUGUCAUAAACCAUUAUUAUUACAUGGUAGAAGUUUAGUUAAUGUUAAUGAAGAUAAUAUGAAAUGUUCUGGUAUUGAGAAAAGAGCUGCUACUAGUUGUAGAGAAGCAUCAGUAUGUCCUAGUGCAUGUACAUGUACAGAUACAACUGUUGAUUGUAGAGAUAGAGGAUUAAAACAUAUACCAAGUAAUUUACCAUUAACAACAACAGAAUUAAGAUUAGAACAAAAUCAUAUUACAUAUAUAUCUGGUAAAGCAUUUAGUAGUUUAAAAAAUUUAAAAAGAUUGGAUUUAAGUAAAAAUAAUAUUAUUGAAAUAGCAUCAAAUGCAUUUGAAGGAUUAGAAUCAUUAAAUACUUUAGUAUUAUAUGGUAAUAAUAUAAGUGAUAUUCCAACAACAGCAUUUAAAGAUUUAAAAAAUCUUCAAUUAUUAUUAUUAAAUUCUAAUAAACUUCAAUGUUUACGUAGUGGUUUAUUUGAUGAUUUAAUAAAUUUAAAUUUAUUAUCACUUUAUGAUAAUCAAAUUCAAUCUAUAUCUAACAGAACUUUUGCACCACUUAAAAAUCUUCAAACAUUACAUCUUGCUAAAAAUCCUCUUAUUUGUGAUUGUAAUUUAGAAUGGCUUGCUGAAAAAUUGUCAAAUGACGCUAUUGAGACAAGUGGUGCCAGAUGUGAAGGACCGAAAUUUUUAGAAAGAAAAAGAUUAAGUAAUCUUCAACCUUCAAAAUUUAAAUGUAAAGGCUCAGAAUAUUAUGUAACACAAUAUGCUGAUCAAUGUAAAGUGGAUUAUGAUUGUCCAAGUGAAUGUUUAUGUGAGGGAACAAUAAUUGAUUGUAGUGAUAGAGGUUUACAUGAAAUACCAUCAAAAAUUCCAAGAUUUUCAACACUUCUUGAUUUAUCAAAUAAUAAUUUAAAAGAAAUUAGUUAUGAUAAAUUAAAACAUUUAAUUAAUUUGGUUAAAAUUAAUUUAAAUAAAAAUGAAAUAACAAAUAUUGAAGAUGGAACAUUAGAUUUACCAGCAUUAACAGAUGUAUUUAUAAAUGAUAAUAAAUUAUCACAUUUUAAUACUGCUAUAUUUGGUAAACGUACUUCAAGUAUCUUAAAAUUAUCAUUAAAUGGUAAUUUAUUACAAUGUAUUUCUAAAGGAACAUUUUCAAAAAUGAUAUCUAUUCAACAUUUAUUAUUAGGAAAUAAUAAAAUUUCAACAAUUAUGGAAAAUUCUUUUACAAAUUUAAAAGAUCUUAAACAUUUAGAUUUAAAUAAUAAUGAAUUUAAUUGUAAUUGUCAUUUAUUAAAUUUUGUUGAUGAAUUAAAUAUCAAUUUAACAUCAAAAUUAGAUAAACCAACAGGAGCAAAAUGUUUUUUACCUAUUAAUUUAAGAUCAAGAACUGUAUCAUCUGUUACAAAACAUGAAUUAAUAUGUAAUGAUGAUAAUGAUAAUAUUUGUAUAGAUAGUGGUAAUUAUUGUCCUAUUGGUUGUGAAUGUCAAGGAACAAUUAUAAGAUGUUCUGGACAAAAAUAUAAAAAAUUUCCAAUUGGUAUACCAUUAGAUACAACUGAAUUAUAUUUUGAUAAUAAUGAAUUAACAAAUAUUCCAGUAGAAUAUUUAGAAAAAUUAGUUAAUUUAAUUAAGAUAGAUUUUAGUUAUAAUAAUAUAACAAAUAUUCCAUCAAAAAGUUUUAAAUAUUUAACAAAAUUAUCAACAUUAAUAUUAAGUUUUAACAAAAUUAAUUGUAUAGAAGGUGAAGCAUUUGAUGGUUUACAUAAUUUACGUAUAUUAUCAUUACAUGGUAAUAAUAUUUCUCAACUUCCUGAAUCAUCUUUUAUACAUCUUGAACAUUUAUCACAUAUAGCAUUAGGAAAUAAUCAAUUAUAUUGUGAUUGUAAAAUGGCAUGGUUUUCAAAAUGGAUAAAAUCAAAAUAUGUUGAACCUGGUAUAGCAAGAUGUGAAGAACCAGAAAAUUUUAAAAAUCAAUUAUUAUUAACUGCAAAUCAUCAUUUAAUGCAUUGUUCUUCACCACCACCAAUUGAUAUUAUAGCAAAAUGUGAUUAUUGUUUAAAAAAUCCAUGUAAAAAUGGUGGUAUAUGUAAUAAAAGUAAAUAUGGAACAUUUGAAUGUCAAUGUUUAAUGGGAUAUCAUGGAAAAUAUUGUGAAUCAGUUAUAGAUGCAUGUUAUGGUGAUCCAUGUUUAAAUAAUGGAACAUGUUCAAUAAUACAACAAGGUAGAUUUAAAUGUUCAUGUCCAAAAGGUUUUAAAGGUGAAAGAUGUGAAGAAAAUAUAGAUGAUUGUAUUCAUAAUAAAUGUCAAAAUGGUGGAACAUGUAUUGAUGAAAUAAAUUCAUAUCGUUGUAUAUGUCCAAAUAUUAUGUAUAGUGGAAAAUAUUGUGAAACAAAAUUAGAAUAUUGUUCAUCAAAAUUAAAUCCAUGUGAAAAUGGUGGAAAAUGUAUAAAAGAAGGUGAUAAUAAUUAUAUAUGUCAAUGUAAACCUGGAUUUGAAGGAAGAAAUUGUAUGUCAAAUAUUGACGAUUGUAUAAAAAAUUUGUGUAAAAAUGGUGGAAUAUGUAUUGAUGGAAUAAAUGAAUAUACAUGUAGAUGUUCACAAUAUUUUUCUGGAAAAUUUUGUGAAAUACCUCUUAUUGAAAAUCGUUUGUAUAAAGAUUCAGUACAAUGUCAUGCUGAUAGUUGUGUAAAUGGAUAUUGCCAUCAAAAUGAAGAUGGUGAUGAUUUUGAAUGUAAAUGUCAUUUUAAUUAUAAAGGUGAACGUUGUGAACAGUUAAGAAGUGUAUCAUUAAUAGAUUAUAAUUCAUAUAUAGCAUUAGAAGGAUGGGAUUCAACAGAAAAGGGUAAUUUUACAUUAACAAUAAAUACAAUUGAAAAAAAUGGAAUAAUAGCAUAUUAUGGUGAUGAAUCAUAUUUUUCAUUAGAAGUGUAUGAUGGAAGAUUAAAAGUUGGAUUUUAUGUUGGAAAUUAUCCUCCAUCACAUAUGUAUAGUUAUGUAACAAUUAAUGAUGGUGAAUCUCAUACAAUAACCAUAUUUAUACAAGGAAAUCAAUUACAAAUGUCAAUAGAUAAAAUGAAACCACAAAAGUUAUCUAAUUCAGGUGUAAAAAAUAAAUUUAUUGUUGAAUCAAAACAAUUAUUUUAUAUUGGUGGUAUUAAUAAAAAUAUUGGAAAUAAAGCAAUUAAAAAAUAUCAUUUAUCAAAAGGAAAUAGUUUAAAUGGAUGUAUUUCAGAUGUAUAUAUUAAUGGUUAUUUUAUGGAUCUUGAAGAAGAUGUAGUUGAAAAAAUGUCUGUUAAGGAAGGUUGUACAACAUUUUUAGAUGUUUGUAAAGAAGCAGAUUGUGGUAAUGGUAAAUGUACAUUAAAUAAAACAUCAACAAUAGGAUAUUCUUGUGAUUGUGAUUUAGGUUUUAGUGGAGAAAAAUGUGAUACAAGAGAAAUUCAAUGUAUUAAAGAAAAAUACAGAGAAUAUUAUCAUGAAGAUGAUUGUAGAUCUAUUGAACCAAUAAAAAAUGGGCGUUGUCUUGGAUUUUGUGGUUCAGCAAUUGAAUCUAAAGGUGGUUGUUGUACUGGUGUUCGUGGACGUAAACGACGUAUAAAAAUGCAUUGUAAAUCAGGAAAAACAAAAAUGUCUGUAGUUCAAAUUAUCCGCAAAUGUCAGUGUGUAUCAAAUUGCAAGAAUCCGGUUGAAAAUUUUGUUGGAACAAUAGUAAAAAAAAACAAAAAUGAGAAAUAUGAAAGCGCUGUAAGAAGAAAAUAA